AUGCCUGUGAAAAGUGUGGUAGAGCAUAUGAGAAGUGUCGCCUUCGAUGGGCAGAUGGAGACGCAGGUGAGGCGUGUCGAUGAGCACUUGCUGGCGCAGAGAACAUUGAUUCUAAAUAACACAAACGAGCAGUGUUGCGUACUUCAGACAAAAUUAAAAGAUAAAUUUGAUAAUGUUCUGGAACACAUUCGUGGUCUUAGGCAGAGUAAAAAAUGGCAUUUCCAUAUUAUGGAGAGUACAUUGAAGAAAUUUCAACGGUUCGUUGAUGAAAAAUAUAACAACGACUACAGAAACAAAAUUUGGAGCCAUUUCAACGAAAUACAAAAUAAAGUCAAUGAUGCCUACGAUGCAUUAACCACCAAGAGACUGCAACUUGUGCAUCUAGUUACACAAGCUCAAGAGGAAUUUUUAAUUUUGAAAACAAAUACACAGGAGAGUGUGUCAAAAAGUACAGAUGAUCCCAGCAUACAACAUAAUUGGGCAGCGCUAAAAAGCCAAAUAGCAUGGGAUGUCGGUCAAAUCGUCAACGACAACCAAACAUCCGGCCACCUUGACGCCAUCGUAAAGGCAAUCGAAGGGUAUGCUAAGAAGUUCAAUAAACAUGGGAUGUUUGGGACCCAAAUCGUUGCAGGGUGGUUAAAUGGAAUCUUCGACAAGGAGCCGGUUAAGGGAUUAGUUGCAACCUAUAUUGGGAGUAGUCUCAGGAAUAAUGUGGUUGCGGUAGAAAAGCUAAAAUUCAUAGUAACUGCAUGGAUAAAAACAAUGGCAGGUCACGUCACGACGUCACCCACAUUUAAUGAAACCGUUGAAGAUCAUCUCCGAAAUAUCCAGAAGUUUUUCAGUGAGUUCGCCAAAAAAGUUGAUCCAGAUAAACCUGGUGAGAUGGUGGAGUACGUGCAUUUGCAGUUCCAGCAGACUCUGCGUGGCCGUCCACUCCCUAACAGCCAAACGGAACUCGAACCCGCAGUGAAAGCAAUUCUGACCGCCGUCCACUGUGCGGCUCUGCAAGUUGGCGAGGAACUAAAAUCUUUCACCUCUGACACCAUCAGCAAGUAUGACCUCGGUAUUAAACUAAAAGCGGCUAUAGCAGAGGUCGAUAAAAUUAAGCAGCAAAUUGACAGCAAGAAGGCGUCAGAGUACAACAAUGGCGUCGGCAAAAAAAUUGAUGACGCAUUGUUAACCGUUCAGAGUAAGAUUAAAUCACUUGAUAGAUAUUUAGUUAAUGAAAGUGGCGAUGAGUCAAUUCGCAAGGGUAUUGGAGAUAUUAAGACAGAUGUUCUUGAUAAGCUUGAUAAGCUGCAGAAUGUGAAAGACGAGACAAAUAGCAUUGAAAGUAGGAAGACUAAGGCCGAUGAGCUUAUGAACAGUUUGAAAAAUGAAAUUCAAAACAAGCUUAUCGAGUUCGAAUUAAAUCUCACUUCUGCAGACGAUGCGUUGACCAAGACCAUUGAUUCUGUCUAUAGCGCUGCGGUUAAGGCAAGAGGAUAUCAAGCUCACCGUACAACAACUCAACAAAACGCUUCUCGAAACCACCGAAUACGCCUUCAAAAAGUGACUGAUGAAGUCCAGAAGCUUUUGCCGAAGGACACAAAUCCCACCUGA